AUGAAGGGUGCAAUGCAACUCAAAUGGCGUGAUAGGCAAAGCCAAAUAUCUGCUCAUAGAAGGGAAGCACUGUUGCUAUCGCGACGUAUAAGAAGACAAGAUUCUGCAAAGCACAACCUUCUUCAAAGUCCGAUUGUUGUUGUCUCAGAGUAUUGGAACAAAGCACGAUUUCUGAAACAAACUGCUCUUACCAUACAAGAACCUCCUUCCCUUCCGGAAAAAGGGUCCACAUCGGGUACAUCUAACGUGCGCCAUGUUACCUUGAACACCGUACCAAUCAAAGCUCAUAGGCGGGCCAAAAAGAUGUGCCUGGUCAGUAAAGAGCAACAAAGUGAGUAUGUUGCUCUUAAAAGGAUCCCAAAUUGUCAAUUUUGUCAUGCAAAGAAAUUUGAAUAUGAACCUCCAAGAUUUUGUUGUAACAGUGGUUCAAGAAGGUUGACAUCUCAUAAAAUGCCAACUGAAUUAUCGGAGUUAUACUUUAGAAAUACUGAAGAAUCUGAAAAUUUUCGAACUUAUAUUAGAACAUACAAUAACAUGUUUGCAUUUACUUCACUUGGUGUCAAGUAUGAUAAAGAGCUAGCCAGAAGAAAUUGUGGUAUCUACACAUUUAGAGUCCAAGGGCAAAUGUAUCAUUUUAUAGAAGAUUUAGUUCCUUCCAAUGAAAAUCCUAGGAAUUUACAGUUGUACUUCUACGAUCAUGAUAAUGAGCUAGCCAAUAGGAUGGCAUGUUCGACAAGAAUUAAUAAAUCAAUAGUGAAAAAGUUGAUGGACAUAUUGAAGUAUCCAUUAUUAUUUCCCUUCGGUGAAAAUGGAUGGCAUUGUGGUAUCAAAAAAAUUGUUCAGACAAAAAAUGUGACGAAACGUAGAGCUUACUGUGAACAUGAACAAUUGCCCAGUAUAUCAAAUAUGUGUUCAGUUGAUGGAUUUCUUGAUAUGGAAGAUAAAUCACUACAAAAAGGAAAUCGAAAAAGAGAUACAGUGUCUUGUCGAGAGUAUUAUUGUUACAAAUUUCAACUAAGAGAUAAUGAAACAAAUGAAGUGCUACACUGUGGGAGAAUAUUCCAACAAUUUAUAGUAGAUGUAUAUAUAAAGCUUGAAACGCAAAGAUUAGACUUCUUUUCAUUUAAUCCAGAUUUAUUUAGAAUUGAAGUAUUGCAAGGACUCCUUGAUGUUUUAAGAUGUGGUGAAAGGGAAGCCUCUAAAAUUGGAAAGAAAACAUUCCUCCCUGUUACAUUUAUAGGGGGACCAAGGGACAUGCGCCGGCGAUACAUGGAUGCUAUCGCAUUGGUACAAUAUUUUGGAAAGCCUGAUUUCUUUAUAACAAUGACAUGUAAUCCUUCUUGGCCAAAAAUAAAAGAACAUUUAUCACUGGCUGAUGAAGUACAGAACAAACCUGAUUUAGUUAGUAGAGUUUUUAGAGCAAAGGUAGAAGAAUUAAAGACGGAUAUAUUAAAAAGACAAAUCUUUGGAAGCGUUGCAGCAUUCAUGUAUACUAUAGAAUUUCAAAAACGUGGUCUUCCACAUGCUCAUUUUCUUAUUAUACUUGCUGAUGAACACAAAUUAUUGACUCCUGAAUCCUAUGAUAAAUUUAUUUGUGCAGAAUUGCCUGAUUCUAAAAAAGAUCGCGAUUUUUAUUCACUUGUUAUUAAACAUAUGAUGCAUGGUCCUUGUGAAAAGUUAAAUCCUACAAAUAUUUGCAUAAAAAAUAAUAACUGCAAAUUCAAGUAUCCAAAAGUUUGCUAA